AUGGUCCGCAUCAUCUCUAUCGUUGGAUUCCUCCUCACCGUCGUUGCUGGUGUGCAAGCCCAGGGGGGUUCGCCCUGCCAGUGCUUGUUCUCCGAUGGUUCGCACUGCUGCGUCACCUAUUCUUUCUCUUUCCAGACUAGGGCCGGACUCAGCCAAGAUUGCGCAGACAACUGCAGGACUGCCACACGCGACAGUGACAACAAAGCCUGUGCCGCUAACGGCAACAAUUCCAAUGUCAGCUCCUGGAAUGCCCAAUUCCGCGCCUCCUGCCGUAGCAGGGGAAGCAUUGAUUGA